UUUGAAGAAUUAUUAAAUAUGAAUACUGGUGAUGAUCAAGUUGAGAGUAGGGAGUGGGGUAUAUUGGAUUGUUGGUUUGAUAAGAUGUGUUUUGAGUGAUUUGGAGAUAAGAUGUUAAUUUUUAUAGAAAAUUUUCCUCAGCAGCCGAUUCAUGUAUUUAAUGAUCAGAUAAAUAAUCUGAAUGCAUACAAUCCCCCAAGUAGCCCUCAGAGGUAUACAGUAGUUGAAGCGAAGUCGAAGGUUAGGAAAUGGGCUUGGUAUCUCAAGGUAUUAGGCUGGGUUCUGAUCAUCUUCGGCAUAAUCUCAGCCAUUGGUGAAUUGGGAUACAUGGAUGAACAAUACAAUCCUUACAUUGACUUUGGGUCUUUGCCUAUGAGACCAGAGCAGCUUGCGAUAUCUAAGCCCCUUAAAUACACAGCUAUUAUUCUUGAUUUUACUUGAGAUGUUUUAACAGCUUUAUUGGGAUAUUUCUGAGUCAAAACUUCCUUUGAUCCAACAAGAAACAGAACUUGGAAAUUAUUCAAGAAAGGAGUCGUUAUAAUCAUCAUCAAAUUUUUCUUAGCAACCUUUGCAUUUUUGUUGCUUACAUCAGGAUAUACUAAAGCUUAUACAAAAUGGGUAGAGGAUAAUAAUCUUAAUCAUUCUUCGAGUCACAAUGCAUCAUCAAGCUCAACUUCUUCUGAUGAUCAAGAUAGUAAUCAACAAGAAAAAGAAGAAAUGAACCAAUCAUUUUCUGCGGGCUCUACGAUAUUUCUCUCACUCUUGUUCGCUUUCUGAGUUAUGUGAUGUUGAAUGAUUACAUGCUCUUCUUGCACUCUUGGAUUUUUGUAUAAAUUUUAUAGUGAUGCUAAAGAAUAUGAUAUCAUUCACAAUAGUUCUUUGUUGGACCAUCCGAACGAACAUCAUUAUGAUAUGAACCCUGUGCAACCUAUUUCUCCUAUCCGUCCUGUCUAUAAUCAGACUAUCCAAGGAACUUCUCAGAACAUUGCCACAAGAAGAACGAUAAGUCCAAAUGAAGCCACACAGCAUCAUAAUAAGGUUUAAUCUUGAAUUCA